GGUGCUUAAAUUUAUUUAGAAAUAAUUUAAUAUUGACAUCCAAGCAACAGAAACUUUGAAUUUUUUUAUUCUAAAACCAUCUCUUCUUCAUAAAGCUUGAGGGAGGAGGUAAGAGAGCAUCCAACGCAGGUUGAAGCUUUAAUUUGAGGUUUGGUUUGGCUCUUCACAAUCCAAGUAAGUAAACCCUCUCCUUCUCCUUCUUCCUCUUCUUCUUUCCAGUUUCUUUUGAUGGUAGAAUAGUGGAAAUCUUCACAGACCAUGUAGAUAAUAGUAAUUACUUAAGGAUCUGUCAUCAUCUUCCCUUGUUCUAAAGCUGGUUAUUGGUUGAGGAAAACCCUAGCCAGGUUAUAUAUAGAGAGCGAGAGAAGGAGAGAUCAUGGGCAGAGGGAAGAUUGCGAUUCGGAGGAUCGAGGAUUCGACGAGCAGGCAAGUGACGUUCUCCAAGAGAAGGAAGGGUUUGAUGAAGAAGGCCAAGGAGCUGGCCAUUCUUUGUGAUGCUGAGGUCGGGCUCGUCGUCUUCUCCAGCACUGCCAAGCUGUACGACUUCGCCAGCACCAGCUUGAAAUCAGUCAUUGAAAGGUACAACAAGGCUAAAGAAGAGCAGCAACAAGUAUCAAAUUUAACUUCAGAAGUCCAGUUUUGGCAAAAAGAGGUAGCAAUUUUGAGACAAAAGCUACACACCUUACAGGAGACUCAUCGGCAGUUGAUGGGCGAACAGCUCUCUGGAUUGGGAAUCAAAGACCUACAAAGUUUAGAGAAUCAGUUAGAGAAUAGCCUGAGGGGGAUUCGAAUAAAAAAGGAACAAGUUUUAACAGGAGAAAUAGAUGAGCUAAGGCGAAAGGGAACCCUCAUGCAUGAAGACAAUGUAGAGCUGUACAAGAAGGUCGACCUCAUGGGCCAAGAAAACUUGGAAUUGUACGAGCAGGCAUAUGGCAGAAGGGAAAGGGAUCAUGGGGCUGAAACAACUCCCAGCUCAUCUACCCUGUUUAGUUUAACAAUGGGUGAAAACUCGCACAAUCCCACAAGUCUGCAACUAAGCCAACCUGAUCAACACUUUUAUUACAAGGCUACUACACACAACACAUCUACGUAGCUAGGUGAUAUGAUGAUGAUGAUGAUGAUCUAGCUUCUAUGUAGUAUUUGUUUACAGUUUACUUGUCUGUUCUUUUAACACUAAGAACGACUUUGUAUGGUUUGGCUUCUAUCAAUCAAGUGAACAAUUUCUACCAAAUAAAAUAAAAUAAAAAUAAAGUGAACACCUCUUAUUGGCUGCCUUUGUGUUGUAUGCUUUCUCCUUUUACACUUUCGUAUGUAUCCCUUUUCUUCAAUAAAAUUUUCACCUUGAU